CCACAACUCAGCAAAAAGUCUGAAAAAAUCCUAUACCCAAACCCAGGCAUAAAGUGAAGUUUAUAUUUCUCUCUGCCUUUUGUUGUUUGCAAUAAGAAAGAAGCAGAAUCUAUGCUUUUGAUCAAGUCCAUGGCGGACAAGGAAAACAAGCUAAAACCAGACACUUCAUCAAUAGAAAUUUCCACAUUUUCCGAUCAGAUUCCGGCGAGUAGUUAUUCUUUAUUUGAUAUGCCAACAGAAAAGGGUUCUUCUUUAAGCUUAAUGUUUUCUUCUUAUCCAAUUACUACUUCUUCUAUCUUCGAUUUGCUUCAACCUCCACCACCACCACCACCGGCACUUCCAUCACAAAUAGUCAAUAAGACUCCGUCGUCUGAGAUUGUAAAUACUCCAAAUUCGUCAUCAUCAACUGAAGCUGCUGCCAAUGAUGAUCAACUACAGCCCACCACUCAAAGAGUAGAUGAUGAUGAUCAACACAAGAAUAAGAAACAGUUAAAACCCAAGAAGAAGAAACAAAAGAGGGAAAGAGAGCCGAGAUUUGCGUUCAUGACAAAGAGCGAAGUUGAUCAUUUGGAUGAUGGUUUUAGAUGGAGAAAGUACGGCCAAAAAGCAGUAAAAAACAGCCCCUUUCCCAGGAGCUACUAUCGUUGCACCACCGCAACAUGUGGCGUGAAGAAGAGAGUGGAAAGGUCAUCUGAAGAUACUUCAAUAGUAGUUACCACUUAUGAAGGUAUUCACACUCAUCCAUGCCCCAUUACGCCUCGCAGCAGCAUCGGCAUUCUGUCUGAAACCACCGCCUACGGUGGCUCAAUUGGUGGCGGUGGUGGUGGUUCCUCUUUAUUUAUCCCACAAUUCCAUUAUCAACAACCGACCUAUUUUCAGACACCAACAUUACCGAUAAACCUUAUUAGUACUAGUGAUUCCUCCUUAUAUUCAUCCCAAGAGAGAAGGUUCUCGCCUUCUACUUCUUCUUCUUCUUCCUCUUUGGCUAGAGAUCAUGGGCUUCUGCAGGACAUGGUGCCAUCCCAAAUGAGGAGAGAUCCAAAACAAGAAUGUUUAGGUCAUUCUCAUUGAGCACUCUGUCUAUGAAAUCUCAAAGCUAGUUGGAUGGGAAUAUAUAUAAGCAAGGUAAGAAACCCCAAAAUCAACAAUGCCACAUUUAUUUGUUUAAUUUAACCACAUGUUUAUCAGUUUUUCCCUCUCUAUAUCUCUUUUCCAACUUUUACCUCUCCAUGGGAAAAAAUAAGAGACUUUCAAACCAUAAAAAAUUUCUCCAUUUCUUGUAUAUCACGCCAAUCAAAUUUUGCGAUGCUGAUUUUAUAUAAUAUAUAUAUAUAUAUAUAUGGCCUUAAUUAAUGUUCGUACGUAUAAUCUUAAUUAGCUAGGUUGCACCUAUAAUAACAUUUGAGCUAGCUAUACCUAGUACUCUUGAUCUACAGCAUCCCAAAUGACAGUAUAUUGACAUCAUGCUUCAUCAUUUGUUUAGCAUUCUAUAGAGAGGUGACGGUGGCAGCUUGAUGAAGAGUAAUGUGUGUGUGUGUGUGUAUAUAUAUAUAUAUAUAGGAGCAUGGCGUCAGAUUUUGUUGAAGAUCUUAUUAAAGCAUAGAGUUGUAUAGAGUAAAUAGGGUUAUGUACUUACUACUGGAGUUGGACAGCCAUGUCCAUAUAUAUGACAGUCUUUUUGCUUGAAAUGUCCACUUCAAUUCAAUACUAUAUGCUACUUCAGGCCAGGCAUCAUUUCUUCCCUACACUAUUGAGAUACCAACUUUAAUCUCCUCCACCUUCCUCUUCCCCAUCCUUCCUUAUCAUCCAAUCCCUUUAUUUCUCUUCAUUUUAUAAAUAUGUAAUUUCAAAAUUAAUCAUUUUAAGUUGCAUGUUUCAUUUUGAAUGAAAACCAAAAGCACGCCAAUCUUAUAUAUUCCUCUAUUUUUGGUUUGAAAUAUAAACAUUCCAAUUAACCAAAAGUUUGAAAUAGCUUAACUGUAGUUAUAAUUGUGCUGGAUUCGUCUAAUGGGGUGUUUACAACCAUAAAUUUUAAAAAUCUUCUCUUUUUCUUAAACUCUGUAUCUAGUUAAAUGUGUUCAUAUAAAUUAAAAUGAAGAAAAGUUGUAAUUAGCUAAAAAGAAGCCAUCUAUAUAUUGUCUCGCAUCUGUACGUUUAAAGUUAUUUUACCUUUUUUGCCCUCAUUUUAUCUCAAGCAAUCCAAGCCUCUCUCUUGAAUUCUAAGAUGCUAAAGCAUGUGCUUAUCACUCGAUGUACUCUCACCCUUAUAUUUACCUUAAACUUUUCAAAGUACUCAAGGAUAUAAAUCUAAAAUAUGUUGUAUGCUUGGUAAAUUAUUUUUGAGAACUAAUAUAAUAGUAGAAUUUGGGUGAGUGGGUAUGGGAGAGGUCUUUCGAUGAUAAUUUGAAUGUUUAGUUUGACAAAAUGUUAACAUAUGUUUGGUUUAAACAAGCGGAAUGAAUUAAGAUAUGUAGGCAGUAAUGUGUUUGAUUUAACUAGAUAACUUUUAUUUCUAAUUUAAUCUUAGCUUUUAGGCUUUUACAGGAAAAUUUCUUAAUGAAACCAGUGUUCUUGCAGCCAAACAAAAGACAAUACGAAAACUGAAGAAUGCGUGGAAGAAAUUAAAGCUGGAGAAUUCUACAUAAGGAAUCAGAAUUCAACAAAAAUAAUUGGGUUUAACUGUAAAGGACAUGAAUUUUCAAAUAUUCUCUGCCAGACGCUACAUUGAAAUAUUCAUCGUAGCUGGAUAUUAAUGUAUUUUUGGUCGUUUUUUAUUCUUAUAUCACGUUAGUGGCAUUUUCCUGUA